AUUUUGUGGUGAUGACAUGGACAGGAGAGGGAGGGAUUUUUGAACUAAUCAUUAAUGGUGUUUUGCAAUCGAGAAUGGCCGGAAUCGAAAUAAAUGGGACAAUAUCUGGUCAAAGUCGAUUUAUUGUCGGCGGCUCUGAAAUUGAGAAUAGAAACUUAAUUGGAAUCAUUCAUAAUUUCAAUGUUUGGGACAAGGUUCUCUCAGAUGAGAUGUUACACAUGAUGAUAGCUGAACCAGGAAAUGAUAUGGGCAAUGUUGUUGCGUGGCGGGACUUAAAGCAACCGUCAAGUAUCCCAGAUAAAAAUUUUAAGGUCCACGAUCAUACCCAAAAUUUCCGAGCUCAACCAAUUGGACGACACAAUUAUGGGCUAAUAUUCGAAGGAAGCGCGCCCGCGUAUGCCCUAACGUCGUAUUGCUGCUACAGUGGGCAACAAAUGACCAUAUCGAUGUGGCUGAAAUUGAAGCAGUUACCAGUGACACUGUUUACGUUAAUUGGAGCAGAACCUAAUCCCCUCAUGUUACUGAGAAUCAAAUCUGACGGAGAUAUAACAUUCUACUUUGAUGGUAAAAACGCAAGAAUUGCGAACAUCUCCCUUCAAUCCAUCGGUUAUUGGCAAAACCUGGCUCUGACCUGGUUGUCCGAAAGUGGCGACGUAAACACGUAUUUGAACGGAGAGCGUCAUCACGUCAGCUCUGUAUUCAAAGGACUCUACUAUCCUUCCCGUAACAAAUUCAUGAUCGGAGGUGAUAAAAAUGAAACUAUGAAUGGAACGGUUACCCAGUUUAGUUUUUGGUGGAAAGCUCUUCCAAAGCCAGCUUUGAUGGCAAUGUCACGAAGGAUAAUGGGAAUGAAUUGUUUGGGAGUGAGUUGGUUUCGUUUUACAAAUACGCUCAGAGGAGAUGUGACGAAAAUAUAUAGUUUAGGUUCCUACUCAGCAGAUUUUAUCGUCCAAAAAAAGAGAGAUCAGUCUUGCAACGACAAUCUACCCGUGAGUAAUUGUGUCAGCGGAAAAUACCGCGCGAGGUAUGGCGUGGAGAAUAAUUUAGGCAUGAUGCUUGGUUGCUUCUGUGAAGAAAACUUAUCACAAGAUAUGAACUUCAAUAAUGGUCCUGGUGAUUAUAGUCUACAUUCGACAUUGGUUAGAAUACGUUAAAAGAUUUUGUUUAUUUUCAUGCACCAACAUUUGUCUGGGGCCGGUUGUAUGAUACUCUUGACUAUAUUUUUGGUAGUUGAAUCGUAGUCAAUGACAAAAUACACGAUUCUGAUUAGCCAAUGGACCUUUCUUAUAAUGACGUCA